GUAAAGUCCGAGUGAGACGGCACCUCCCCAUGAAUCUUGCUCGCAAUCAGAGCCCCGUCUACUUCUUCGUUCAAGAACGUCAUCAGCGCGGAGAGGUUGCCUUCCGCCGUAUUUGUCCUUUUGGAAUGGAUAAGCCAGCGGCGGCAGAGGGCGUCGGGGAAGGCUCGCAGAAUUUUCGGGGCAAGCACCCGACCGUAGGCAUCGACGUCCUCACCCAAUGCUAUUAGCGCCUGGAUCCGCCUGUUACAUUCAACAUACGUCGUAUUCAGGGAUUCCGGGUCAUCGUGAAGGGCUGGACUAAGGUUCUCUAAGUAAUCCAGAUGAGCCUGAAUGAUCCGGUUCUUGUCUCCAUAUUUAGACCGAAGGAUUUUCUUGGUCUGCUCGUAGGUGUCCGCAAUUACAGGAAUGCCAUCCACGAGACGCUUAGGUUCUCCCUCUAAAUAUCCUCUCAAAAACACGUGCUUUUCAGUCUGAGACACUGACGGGUUCUGGUCGACGGACGAUUGGAACUGCUCCCAAAAUCGAGACCAUGCUUCUACAUUCCCGGCGAAGGGCUCUAGUUUCAUCGUGGGCAAUCUAACAAAACUCGGAGCAGCGACUACGGGAACCGAGGGUGUCACACUGAGAGCGGACGUUGAAGCGGCUAGCCUCUCGUCCAGCCCCUUCGCGGCGCGAUGUAUAGCACGCUUGGCCGAGUCAAUAUAUUCCUCACAUUUUUCAACAUCCGUCGGGAAAUCGCUGUCUGAUAGCAAAUCAUGUAUCGCCUCGUCUAAUACAACAAGUUUGUUCAAUGUCUCCUGAAGUCUGCCUUGUGAGUACUGAUAAUCGUCCGCUGGAGUUGUCUCUGUAUACCCAUUUAUCUCCGAGACAAAGCGAGUUACGUUCGCCCUUUCUCUGGUGCGUUUGCGCUUCAAGUUGUGAAGCUUGUCUGCAGAUGGCUCUGCCAUCGAAGGUCGCACUCUGUAUUACCGACUGAACAGCUGGAGCAGGACUAGUGCCGUGGGUAGCGUUGCAGUCGCUUAACGGCUAACGGUAAUUUCACAAUGUGUACCAGGCAAACUAACACGGCUCUACGUAUAAACAGAAUGCAGUCCUCACCUUCGUGUCCAGCACAAUAGAUGUGCGCGAUCAGAUCCUACUACGGCAGUAAGAGUUCACGUUACAAAUACGUUUCCCCUCGUGGCGUAAUGGCAUGUUCGCAGCGGCGUUCCGCGUACUCCAGUCUUCCAAUCCACUCUUCCUUCAAGGCAUCUGAGUCUUGUCUUGUAAGAAAGUGUUCCGGGUCCUCGAGGUUGCUUCGUGGCGUGAUCUACUGUAAUCCCGGGUUUCGGCACCAACUUUUAUGUUGUCGAAGAGGUUCAUAUCUUAUGGGCACAGCACCAGGUGCAUCACAGCUCCGAAGAGUACAACCUGCCGGUAGGGCUGAGACACUCCAUUCUGCAGAAUUGGUGCGGCUUUCUCAGUUCCUUACACAUCAGCACAUCAACUUCUUGUAUCAAAUCUGGGUCCAUACUCGAGUCGUCAGCACACUUGGACCUCUGGAGUGGAUACUCAACACUCCCAGACAUCACAGAGUGCAUCAUGGUUGCAAUUUGUAUUGUCUGGACAAAAAUUAUGGUGGGUUCCUAAUCAUAUGGGACCGAAUCUUUGGAACAUUUGCUGAGGAGCAUAAGGAUGAAGCGAUAAUCUAUGGUUUAGUACAUAACCAACCAUCAUUUAAUCCAGUCUUUCUACAGUUAUUCUAUAAUGUAAAUGUGAUAAAGAAGUGGAAAGCUAUGAAUGGUUGGCAGGACAAAUUGGCUGCUAUUUGGAAGGGGCCAAGCUGGUUACCAGGAAAGCCUCGACUUGGAGCAACUGAGGACAAAUUAGAUAUCAGGAGCAGAGAGAAAUAUGACAUGAAACUCCCUGUAUGGAUUAACAUAUACCUGUGUCUGCAUUUUGUUGCACUGGUAAUUGUCUACCAGGAGCUUGCUCUCAAAUAUUCGGAUAUGACCCCACUGGCUGUAUUGGGAUUUGUAACCUACAUACUGGUCUCCCAGACUGUCAUCGGGAUGAUGUUUGACAAUCGCCCACACACCUGCAUAUUUGAGCUGACUCGCUGUGUUAUAUUUGUGUUCUAUGUACACAAAAGUGAUCUUACAUUGCAAGGCAGGAGUAGCAUCACACUGCUCCAGCCAUUCUUCAUACUUUCAAGCUGCUUCUGGAUUCUGCAAACCUUCAGAGUUCUUCACACAGAAGUUAAGAAAAUUAAGAAAGAAUAAAUAACAGUAUCAUAGUAUGAACGAAUUUUUUCUAAGAAAUAUACCAGCCUGCUCCCAGAAAAUGUAAUGUCUAGUCACUCUAUAGGGCCAAUGGUAGUACACAUUACAAUGUUGUCUUCUCAUGACCAGAAACAGAAUGAUCAGGCCCAUGUUACAAGCAUGACUUAUAGAUUCCUUUUAGAAAUAUCUAGGACAGCAAGAAACGUUUCUUUCAACACUGGUUAUGAAAGAAUAUUCUGUGGGGUAAUGGAAGAAAAGAUGUUCAUGCUAAUAGAUAACGACUUGUGAAUUUUUGUGA